ACGCCGGCGCCGACGGUCACACCCACCGCGAAACCGUCCCCGGCGCCGACGGCCGCUCCUUCGCCCGGACCCACGGCGCGCCCGACGCCGGCGCCGACGGCCGCUCCUUCGCCCGGACCCACGGCGCGCCCGACGCCGGCGCCGACGGUCGCACCCACCGCGAAACCGUCCCCGGCGCCGACGGCCGCUCCUUCGCCCGGACCCACGGCGCGCCCGACGCCGGCGCCGACGGUCGCACCCACCGCGAAACCGUCCCCGGCGCCGACGGUCGGGCCUACGACGCCCGGGCCGACGCCUGGACCCACAGUUCGCCCGACGCCCAGCCCUUCGACGCCGACGGCCACGGCAGACCCGACGGCCACGCCGACGACGCCGGCGCCCACGACGCCGAUGCCGUCGCCAGGCCCGACGCCGGCGCCCACGACGCCGAUGCCCUCCCCGGGCCCGACGGCCGCGCCGACGACGCCGCAGCCGUCGCCGGGGCCGACGGCAACGCCGACGGCGGCUCCGACGGCCGCUCCCUCGGCCGGGCCGACGGCGGCGCCGACGGCAACGCCGACAGGAGUGCCGUCGUCCGCACCGACGGCAACGCCGACGGCCGCUCCGACGGCCGCGCCCACGGCAGUGCCGACGGCAGCGCCGACGAUCGCGCCCACGGGAGUGCCGACGGCCGCUCCCUCGGCCGGGCCGACGGCGGCGCCGACGGCAACGCCGACAGGAGUGCCGUCGUCCGCGCCCACGGCAACGCCGACGGCCGCUCCGACGGCCGCGCCCACGGCAGUGCCGACGGCAGCGCCGACGAUCGCGCCCACGGGAGUGCCGACGGCCGCUCCCUCGGCCGGGCCUUCAUCAAUCCCGACGCUCGCGCCCACGGGCGUGCCGACGGUGCCCCCCACGGCCGGGCCGUCUGCUGUCCCUACUCUGGAGCCCACGGCGACGCACGCACCGACCCGCACGGAGACUUACGCGCCGACGAGGAUAACGGAAGCGCCAUCCUACGCGCCGACGUCGGACACGUACGCGCCGUCGACGUCGCCGACG